CUGGAUAUAUCGUGACUUCCUACUCUGGCUAUUCUGGGAAUCUGGGCAUCUUGGUCCUUGGCUCAUGGGGAAACAAUGACUGCAGAAGUCACAUCUUUCCUCCCAUAUCACGAGCCGGGUAUUGUGACUAUCCUCAUCCAAUCAUCGUUUAUUCUCAUCCUCAAUGUCGUCAAUACUCUCUUCGACAAGUUGAUCUUUUGCGGUCUGCUUGGCCAGGUAUUUAUUGGCGUAGCAUGGGGGACUCCUGGUGCGAAAUGGCUUGGUCAGGAAGUUGAGAAUGUGAUCGUCCAGCUGGGGUACCUGGGAUUGAUCCUCUUAGUCUAUCAAGGCGGCCUGGAUACGAAUUUCCGUUCCAUCAAGGCAAACUUUUCUCUCUCUGUUGCAGUAGCAAUAACUGGGAUUGGCUUUCCCAUAGCUCUUUCCUUUGUGCUGCAAUCAGUCGUUGACACAACGCCCAUACAAGCUUUCGCGGCUGGGGCUGCGCUCUGCUCAACCAGCCUAGGAACAACGUUCACUAUUCUCAAUGCCAGUGGGUUAUCAACCACUCGGCUUGGCACGGUCCUGAGCAGUGCGGCAAUGAUGGAUGAUGUCGUUGGCCUGGUCAUGGUUCAGGUGAUCUCCAAUAUUGGAGAGAACUCAGAGUCAUUCGGCGCCGUUACGGUUGUUCGCCCUCUUGCCGUGUCUUUUGGUUUGGCGAUUGUUGUUCCUCUGGCUUGUCGAUUGGUUGCCCAACCUCUAACGACAUGGCUUAACGGAGCAAGAAAAUCCAGUCCGAAUGGUGCUUUAAACAAGCUAUGCCAGGCGACGCAUACCGCAUUUAUUAUUCACACACUGGUGCUGGCAGCGCUCGCUACUGGCGCUACUUAUGCUGGUACUUCCAAUCUCUUUGCUGCUUACCUGGCUGGAGCGUCGAUUAGUUGGUGGGAUAGUGAAGUUCCGCAUCUGGAUUCGGCCAAAGUGGGCUGUUCACACGAUUCCCCAAGUUCGCCGGUUGAGCACGGAACCUCCGCUGGUAGUACAGGGUCGCCAAAUCCGUCUUCGAGGGAUGAGGUAGGCCCUAGUAUGGAAGGUGAGGCAACUGCUAGGGAGACCACCCCCAAAGAGCAGAGUGAGUCAAUCGCAAGCAGUGGCAUUUCUGUAUACCACAGAUACUAUGCGAUAGCGGUUCAACGGAUUCUACAACCGUUCUUCUUCGUAGGUCACUUUCCCAUACUUUCUUUAUCAUUCAAAGCUAAACAGAACCAACGGCUUCGAUUGGUUUCGCUAUUCCAGUUACAGAUAUGUUCAGCGGUUCAGUCGUCUGGCGAGGUAUUGUCUAUACAAUCCUUAUGCUCUUCGCUAAACUCGUCACGGGCUUAUGGCUGGUACGCCUGGAUAUUUCUUUAAUGAAGGUGAUUCCCAUGGGCGUGCGCUCUUCUAUAUUUGGGGGUGGAAAAGCCAAAAAAGAGGUGGGUAGUACUGCAGGUGCUCCUGAUACUCACGAAUUGCAACCUCAAGGCGACGCUUCAGUACGGCCUCCCACGGAGGAAAACACCACGGCCAAAAAUCAGAGGACUGAACCAAGCUCCGUACGCUCCACAGAGACUCUUACCAAGCCCAGGAACCCACGUUCCCUCUACCCAGCAGCAAUGCUCGGCACAGCCAUGACAGCUCGUGGAGAGAUCGGCUUCCUCAUUGCCUCUAUAGCUGAGACGACCGGCCUCUUUGCCUCAUCUUCGAGACCAAGCAAUGGUAGCUCGGAGAUAUAUCUGGUGGUCACUUGGGCUAUUGUGUUAUGUACUAUUAUCGGGCCGUUGGGGGUUGGGACUCUGGUUAAGAGAGUGAGGAGACUCCAGAGCGAGAGGGCGAAAACACCCGGGGCGAGCGAUCCGCUGGGGAUUUGGGGUGUCAGCUAGAGGAUUCUAUUUGUGUUAUUAUGGAUGGCGAAGUCAGCGAUCAUUGUCUUUCUUUGGCGUGUAUGACAUCUCAUAAGCCCGUUCUUUCGGCGAGAUGAGAAAAUCCGACCGGGAACAAAUCCUACCGAGAACGCAUGUGCCCUCGCCCCAAGAGAAAUGAUGCUGAGCACGAUGAUAUAUUCAUUGGCUUGUAAAUCACCGCGCACAAUAGACAAUGGGACAGGUGGUUGUCUCAAACCCCCCAUUCCGCGGCAGAAUCCCAAUGUUUGAGGAGAAACUCGUCAUCUACGCCGCAUUUAUGACCCCUUCCACCACAACCACGCCAACGACUUCUGGAAAACGCCUCAAUUUCCUUCUUCUCGUGUACUUUCCGUAGCCCAUAAAACAUUGCGCCCAAGAAUAUUGUGUCUUUCAUUCAAAUAGAUAGGCGAG